GAAGCGAGCUCCCAUUCCAGGCACGCGACCUGAAAAAACACAGGGUUGAAAAAAAGAAUAUACCGUAGAGUAGGGAACCACCUCGGUCCACACUCCAUUUCAGUAGGUGGCGGUAAUGCACACCAGAAGGUUGCUUGCCAACCGCCAUUAAACAAAAUAAGAGAAGAAGACGAAGAAGGCACGCGACUUGGCCACGCUCCCUCGUCCUUCGACACACCUGCAGCUGCAAUAAUGGACAAUCGUCAUCAGGUGGUGAAUGUAGAGCGCUUGCAGGCGCUGGAAACAUGGCUAAAAAGCACCGGCAUUAAGAUCCGACAAGUAAAUGGCCAGAGGAGAUUUGGCGGACCACCUAAGGAGUGGGAUGGUCCGACACCAGGACCUAACUGCGAGGUGUUCAUCAGCCACAUCCCUCGUGACACCUUUGAGAACAUGCUCAUCCCCCUCUUCAGCGCGGUGGGUCCGCUGUGGGAGUUUCGCUUGAUGAUGAACUUCAGCGGGCAAAACCGUGGAUUUGCCUACGCCAAAUACGCCUCAGCGGACAUAGCCAAAGAUGCAAUAACGCAACUUCAUGGCCACAAGCUGCAGCCUGGCGUGCAAAUUAGCGUCUGCAGGAGUACCGAGAAGAAGCAUCUCUGCAUCACAAACCUGCCAGCCAACACCAAGCCAGGCCACCUUCUUCAGGUGCUGCGUGGGCUGACAGAAGGAGUAGAGAGACUUUCCCUCACAGCAGGACCAGGAAUAGAUGGCGUUUCUGCUCAAGUCUGUUUCUCUUCUCAUCACAACGCUUCUAUGGCCAAGAGGAUGCUGGCAGAAGCGUUCCAGCAGCGGUGCAAUUUGAGGAUUUCUGUCAUGUGGAUGACGCACAUGAGAGGCUCAGAUGAUUCCAGUUUUGUGGCGUCACAACCAAACCUUCCAAGCAGCAUUGUCAAAGCCCCACCCAACUUAGCUCCGCCUCUCGGCCUGCAAUGCCCUUUGCCCAUCCCCUCUGAUUUCUGCAGAGCUGUGGGAGCACCCAUUGAUCGAAAAUCAGAGCGUGUGAAGCAUGUGCCAAUCUUGCCAGCGUCUCCACUGAUGCUCCUGCAGAAGUUGCAUUUCGGACGUCCACACUUUGAGUUUCAGUGCAGCCACGCAGGACCUGAUGGAUUCAUUCACUUCACCUACAAAGUGUGCCUCUCUGGUGUAGGCUUCAUCUUCUCAGGGCGGCUCGCGAUUCUGGCCGGACCCACGGCCGCUACCACCCUGGAGGUAGCAAAGGAAGCUGCAGCUCUUCAAGUCCUGAAGGCUAUGCAGUCUGCUGGCUUCCAUCUUUAGUGUCAUCUCUUGCUUUCUGCCUCUUUUAGAUUACGACUAUUCUACUCUGUUGGCUUUAUAUUUUUGUACCAUCCAUCCAUCCAUUUUCUACCGCUUGUCCCGUUCGGGGUUGCUGGAGCCUAUCUCAUUUUUGUUUUAUAUUCUUCUAGUGUGAUUUGAUGUGUAUAUUGUUCUUUUACUCUGUAUGCGUUAUAAUAUUAUUUUACCAUGUUUUAUAUUCUUCUUCUCUGCAUGCUUUAUAUUCUUCUAGCGUGAUUUGACGUGUUUGGUAUUGUUCUUCGACUCUGCAUGCUUUUUAAUAUUGGAGAACAAU